CAACCAUCCCCUCAUCUGCCUGUUUCUCAGCACCUCACAAUCAUGGCAUCUCUUCUCAAGAAACCAUUGAAGCUUGCUCUCGUGCAGCUGGCCUCUGGCGCCGAUAAGGCCGUGAACCUGGCCCACGCCCGCAGCAAAGUCCUCGAGGCUGCUAGAGCCGGCGCUUCUCUCAUCGUCCUCCCGGAAUGUUUCAACUCCCCCUACGGCACGCAGUUCUUUCCCAAGUACGCUGAGACGCUUCUUCCUUCGCCCCCGACCAAAGAACAGUCCCCAUCCUACCAUGCACUCUCCGCCAUCGCCGCCGAGGCCAAAGCCUACCUUGUGGGUGGCAGCAUUCCCGAGCUUGAACCCACCACCAACAAAUACUACAACACCUCCCUCGUCUUCUCUCCCUCCGGAGCCCUGAUUGGCACUCACCGUAAGACCCACCUUUUCGACAUCGACAUCCCCGGCAAGAUCACCUUCAAGGAGAGCGAGGUUCUGAGUCCCGGGAACCAGCUGACGGUGGUCGACCUCCCCGACUACGGCAAGAUCGGACUCGCCAUCUGCUACGACAUCCGCUUCCCGGAGGCUGCCAUGAUCGCGGCCCGGAAGGGUGCCUUCCUGCUUGUAUACCCCGGUGCGUUCAACACGACCACCGGCCCGCUGCACUGGUCCCUGCUGGCCCGGGCCCGUGCGGUCGACAACCAGGUGUAUACGGCUCUUUGCAGCCCCGCGAGGGAUCUGGAGGCCUCGUACCAUGCCUGGGGUCACAGCCUGAUUGUCGACCCCAGCGCCAAGGUCCUCGCGGAGACGGAGGAGAAGGAGGAUAUCAUCUAUGCGGAUCUGGAUAACGAAACGAUUCAGAGUACGCGAAAGGGCAUUCCGAUCUACACCCAGCGGCGGUUUGACCUGUAUCCGGAUGUGAGCGCCGGCAGCCAGUAGGUCGGCAGUGAAUACGUAGACCGAUUGCAGUAUCGAUCUUACGCAGCACAAUAGACGAGUGAUGAAUGAUCAAGCAGGC